CCAGGUGUUGCCUCGUCAUUUUGCGAUCAUCCGCUCAUCGAAAGGUUACUAGGAACUUCUUGCACAACUUCAAUAGAUUGGGACUCGUGAUGUUGGUUGGGCCAUUUUAAUCGUGGAAAUCGUGGAAUCUCUCUCGGCGCGCAUAAAAGUGUACACGGGAGAGGACGAGUUCGAGCUUUCACCCUCAGAGAACCAUACUAGUACUACUUGACAAAUUACAAACUCAUAACACUCGGGUGACGACGUGCAUUCUACCGACCCACGACAUUUGCGGUAUUGAAUUAACAGUCCGGGUACUGGGGCGCUCGGUCCUUGUGGUCGUACAGCAUGUGGAUGAUCAAACUCGAUGACAAACUUGACCUACAGAGGUACUUUCGGCAAGCACGUAUUCCUGAGAACUCUUCGAGGCGUAUAUAAGGGAAUCCCGCCUUUACCUCGACUUCGACGCCAUGACAGUAACCGCUCGACAGCGUCGAAUUUUUGUGUUUUCUCAUGCUCGAACGUCCUCCAACCUAUUUAUUCGUUUGCUGGAAAGCCAUCCUGCCUUUGGAAUCCAACCGUACCCUUUCCUGUAUGCUUUUCUCUUUGGCCCCGAAACUCCGAGUAAGAGAGCAGCAAGCAUUAAAGCUCCAUUCAUGGAAAAACUGAAGGAGAAGCAUUCGAACUUCACAUUUCAAUCCCAGUUUGAAGCUAUGGAACGUGCGAUUGGAGAGACAGAAGCUCAGGGGAAAAUCCCCGUCAUCAAAGAACACUCGUACUGCAUGAUGUAUUCAGACAUACUUCGGAACGAAGACAGAUCGAUCAAACCGAUUGUAGACAAAUUUCUGGAUCUCCCCGAGGCAGAGAAGGAGGACGUGGCCACUGCAACACCUAGUUUCCCUAUUCCAAACCCUACCUUCCUUCCAGACCGCCUAUUUGCCACAUUCACGCCCGUUUUGAAUAUCCGCCACCCAUGUCGCAUGGUUCCCUCUCUCAGACGAGCUGUACAAGCUAUGGAAGCGGUUUUCCCUGAUGAGGACACACCCAUCGACACCCAGUUCAAAUGGCAACGAAUGGUGUACGAUUGCUACAAGGCCUGGCUCUCCACCCCAGAAGGUAUCGAAGCAGUAGGAGGUGCCUCGAUUGCAGAACAUCUCCCCAUCGUCGUCGAUGGUGAUAAACUUGUCAAUAACGCCGAAGGACAAAUGGAGACUCUCUUUCGGAUCUUGAAUCUUGACCCGUCCGGGGUUCAGUAUACAUGGGAAGCUCGGGAACCUGAAGCGGCGCAGGCUGUAUUUGUUGGGACACUCGGUAGGUCGACUGGGGUCAUCAAAGGGAAAGACGGGAGCCAUAAAAUUCCAGUAUUGGAAGAGGAGGUGAAGAAAUGGACGGAGGAGUGGGACGAGAAGACGGCGCAGGACAUGAAAUUUUGGGUCGACAAGGCGAUGGAAGACUAUGAUUAUCUUCUGAAACGUAGCAUUUAAUGUCGUCUGCGUUUAUAGCUCAAAUUAAUUCACUAUUAAGCAUAGAGAGGUACCAGUAAAGUCGGGGUAACACGAAUCUGGACUUGCUAAAGUGACC